CAGGAGUCGGAUAUACGUCGGAUGUCUUCAACUAUCAGUAUAUAUAAAUGGGAUCAACCGACGACGAUACAUCUUCAACAUUCAGUCAAGUCUCUAAAAUCUGAAGCUUACACCUCGUUAAACUACAUAUCUUUCCACAAUGCUCCCCCAAACCACCCUCCUGGCCCUCCUGGCCUCCACCACCCUAGCCUCAACCCUCAACAAGCGCUACACCUUCCCGCUCCCGGAGUCCAAGGGCUCCAAGACCUUCGACGAGCCGUUCGAGAUCGCCGAAGGCGAGGUCUACGAUGGCGGCAUGCAGACCUUUGGCCGUGGCGUUGAGUGCUCGGGCCAGUCUGAGGGCGGAGAAGACGACACUGUCUUUAUCAUCCAGGAGGGAGGCACCCUUAAGAACGCUAUUAUUGGACCUGAUCAGUCUGAAGGUGUUUACUGUAAGGGGUCUUGCACUGUUGAGAAUGUUUGGUGGGAGGCUGUUUGUGAGGACGCCCUCUCCCUCAAAGGCGGAAGCACCUUCAAGAUCUCCGGCGGAGGAGCCCAAGGCGCAGAGGACAAGGUGAUCCAGCACAACAUCGGCGGCGACGUCACCAUCGACGGCUUCACCGUCUACAACUUCGGCAAGCUCUAUCGCUCCUGCGGCAACUGCGACGAGAUGUACCAGCGCACCGUGACCAUCUCCAACGUCAUCGCCGUCGACGGCAAGUCCAUGGUCGGCGUCAACCAGAACUUCGGCGACGUGGCCACCAUCACCGACACGUGCGCUACCGACGUUAAGGAUAUCUGCAUCUCGUAUGAGGGCAAGGAGGAUGGGUCGGAGCCGGAUGAGAUUUCCAAGGGGCCGAGUGAGAGCUGUAAGUAUACUGAGCCGUUGGCGGAGUGUUAGUCAACCUUUUUGGGUUGGCGUGUAGUGGCUAGUUAGUAGCUAGUGGCUGCGUUUGUAUAUGUGGAUGGGGGAUGUAUGUAUCUUGUGUUGAAU